AGGGAGAUGUGGGGAGGGAGGGAGAUAGAGAAAGAGAGAAGCAAGUCGAUUGUAUUCUCAGCGGUUCGUCUUUAAUUUCUUAAGCAAACGAGAAUUGAUUUCACGGAGGAAUCGAUUGAUUAAGCGUUAAUUCAACUCGGAGAUAUGGGGGAUUCAGCGAGUGAGAACUCGCAGAACAAGAUAGCGGAAGAGGUUUCGAGAGUGGUUGAGCUCUCCAAGGAGUUGCAGGAUUCGGCUUCAUCGCUGAUCACCAAGGCUUCCAACGAAGAACAAGCUUUACGUCAGCGUGUUGCUGUUCUUGAUUCUAAUAUUCAGAAACUCCGGUCUUCGAUCGAUUCCGCUGUCGAGAAAUCCUCCUUAGAUCGUAAGGAAGCUGAGAAGCUGGAUGAAGAAUUAUACAAAGCAAAAUGCAUUUUAACUGAUGGAGACGCGUCUUCGUAUCUUCCGAGCAAAUCCAAUGGUAGUUUUCUGAAGAUGUUUCUUGGUCCUAUCAACGUACGUGCCAAUAGGAAAGAUAUUCAAUUGAAAGUAAAAGAGGAGUACAACAGUUACAGGGAUAGAACUGCUUUUCUAUUUCUUCUUUUCCCAUCAGCACUACUUUUCUUGGGGUCCAAGUUAUGGAAUGGAUGCUUGCCGGCAUUGCCAGUUCAGCUUUACCAGGCUUGGCUAUUGUUUCUCUACACAAGUUUGGCUUUGCGAGAGAAUAUAUUGAGAGCAAACGGAAGUGAUAUUCGUCCAUGGUGGAUAUACCACCACUACUGUGCUAUGGUGAUGGCACUUAUCAGCCUCACAUGGGAGAUAAAAGGGCAACCUGACUGUGCCAACAAGCAGAGAGGUGUAAAACUGUUCCUGAUAUGGGCUAUAAUGCAAGGUUUUGCAAUGAUGCUGCAAAAUAGAUAUCAACGCCAGAGACUGUACACUCGUAUUGCAUUGGGAAAGGCAAGGAGAAUGGAUGUUGUGUGGGGAGAAACUGCCGGUGUAGAAGGUCAACUGUUGCUGUUAUGCCCCCUACUUUUCAUUUUGCAGGGUUUUGAAGCAUAUGUCGGACUAUUGCUCCUCAGGACUGUGCGGGAUGGUGUUGUUUCUGAAUGGCAGGUAGUUGUUUGUGGGAUACUUUUGGUUGUGAUGGCGGUUGGGAACUUCACAAACACAGUAGAGACACUCAUGGCAAAGUCGAGGGUUAAAGCAAAAAUGAGAACAAAGAGCAAGCUGGAAUUAGAUCAAGCUAGAUUGAGAUAGGGAAAAGAUAAUUGCUGAAGCCUAGACUGUUAUCCCAACUUAUCUAUGGGGAUUCAUUCAUACUUGGGUUCCUGUUGAAAUUGUUGUCUAGGUUUCUUACCCCGUCUUUUCAUCCGUCAACAAGCAUGGGGAAAUUAUAAUUUCUCAGGAUGGCUACAUAGGUGACGGCUAACUUAUGGUCUCUGUGCUCACUUGUUUUGGCAGGUUUGGCAGAUGCAAAACUAUAAGAACGAGUGUAAGAAGCUGAAAGUAAAUGUCAGCCAGUUUUGAGUUCUAUUCAUAUAAAUCUUGAUCUAACAAAAGCGUUU